AUGGGACUUCGCCCCGAGGUGCGACCAGGCACGGAGGGAGCAGCGGCCGCGCCGCCGGAGCCCGCCGGCUGUUGUGCGUGCGUGUGCGCCCCAUUUCUCAAUGCCUUUCUUGUGCGGAGCAGGGCGAAGUCUAAAAAUGGAGGGAGAUCUCUGAGGGAGAAACUGGACAAAAUAGGAUUAAACCUGCCAGCCGGGAGGCGUAAAGCUGCUAACGUUACCUUGCUCACUUCGCUCGUGGAGGGAGAAGCAGUACAUCUAGCUAGAGAUUUUGGGUACGUUUGUGAGACAGAAUUUCCUGCCAAAGCAGUAGCUGAAUUUCUCAACCGACAACAUUCCGAUCCAAACGAGCAAGUCACAAGAAAAAACAUGCUUCUAGCUACAAAACAGAUCUGUAAAGAGUUCACCGACCUGCUGGCUCAGGACCGAUCUCCCCUGGGGAACUCGCGGCCCAACCCCAUUUUGGAGCCGGGCAUCCAGAGCUGCCUGACCCACUUCAACCUCAUCUCGCACGGCUUCGGGAGCCCGGCGUUCUGCCUGGGGUGGCUGAUGGGGGCCAGCCCCCACCCCGGGCCGGCCCCGCCGCCGACCCCGGGCCCCCCUUUCCCGGAAAGGCCGCUGCGCUCCCUAAGGCGGGGGCUGCCUGACAACCUGCCCUCCUCGCUGCUGCUGCUGGGGAGCCGGGCUGGCUGCCAGGCGGGCCGGGAAAGCCGCUCCCAGGCCUCGGCAUUUGGAGAUCUGGACAAAGAGGUUGAGCUGCUGCGGCACCAUGUCAUUCCUUGCACCCUUAUCAACAGAUCCUUCUCGUCUGGUUUUACCGACAAAAUUCAUGAGAAGGAAAAAUUCUCAAGGAAAGGAAGCAAACCCCACAACCCUGCUUCUAAAUAA